GUUUUAGAAGCGAACGGACGGGCGGAUCCACCAGGAUUCGUAAUCCGAAGCAAUCGAGAAUUCUAGAGUAAUCUAGUUUUCUCAAACCAACAAAGAUGAGAGCGAAGUGGCGUAAGAAGAGGAUGCGCAGGCUAAAGCGUAAGAGGAGGAAGAUGCGUGCGAGGUCCAAGUAGAUUUUCACCAUCUUGAUACCUCUGUGCUAAAUACCUGACUUCAAGGAGUAUUUGCGUCAAUCAUCAUCAGAGUCACUGCAUUUAAAAACUGUACAUUCUACGACCAUUUUGCACAGAGAAAUGUUUUAAAAAAUUGUCUUGUUCAGUUAAAUAAAAAUGGCUUUUCAAGAUAAACCAAUA